AUGCUCUUAGAUGCCAUGAGUGGCCAGGAUUUCGAUCAUAGCUCAACCGUGGUUGAUUUAGCCAGCAUCAACGAACUUCCCGGAGAAAUGCCUGCUCCGAACAAAGAAACCAAGAAGGGCGAGGCCAAUGGCCAGGUCGCCAGUGGAAACAUACCGCCUCCCAAGACAGAUAAGCCGCGUCCCCAUGUCUGCACUACGUGCGGUCGCUCAUUCGCCCGGUUGGAGCAUCUGAAGCGCCAUGAGCGCUCGCACACUAAGGAAAAGCCCUUCGAGUGCCCCGAUUGUGCUCGGUGCUUUGCGCGCCGUGAUCUAUUGCUUCGCCACCAACAGAAGUUGCAUAUGACCACAACUCCGUCCUCUCGUCCCAGGAAUGGGCGUCGGGAGAGUACUGGUACAGCGUCCGGUGCUCCGGCUAAUCGGGUUCGCAAGAACUCCAUCGCUAACUCCUCCUCCAUGCGCCCCAGAGCAAACACUAUCAGUCACAUUGAUGGGGCUGCGCUGGGAAUCCCUAACCCCGUUAAUCCGUCGUCUACUCCGAAUCAACCGGGGCAUACGUACCACCCCAGUCUCAGCUCAUCGUUGGGUUCUAAUAUUGACUAUCGAGGCUUCAGUUCUGGCCACCCACCAGUAAAUGGUUUGGCUAAGAUUGAGACUUCCGGGCUUCCCAUUGAUAUGUCAGGUGGAUUACGAACGGCCCCCGUUUAUGGCAGCUUCGAUAUGGGCAUUGACGGUAUGUUGAUGGGUCACGGUAGCACCAUCAACCCAGCACAGUUACAUUUUGCGGGUUCACCCCAGGGCUUCGGUGACUCCCCUUCUUCCCCUUUCGGCCACAAUGGCCAUGGAAUGCAUCCUGCCACGGACCCUAUGAUGGACGACGAUAUGAACUUCGACUGGAUGAACGGUUUCGACACUGCCGUAGCAUUGGGCAAUGGGGCGGACUCGGUCAUUGACGAAUCCUCACCUUCGGCAAUGAGUACGGGCAGCCAGAGCGGCAUUAGUGAGGCCAUGCUAGAUGGCCCUAACCGCAUCCCCAUUUCGAAUGGCUGGCACAACCCGUUCCCAUCCCACACCUCGGCAUCUGCUAACCAGUUCGCCACGAUGGACUUCGACUUUUCGCCCACGACUUUGAAUGACCUGGGCAUUGCGCCGGAGACCAUUUCACCUAAGUCGCUCAUGGCCCAGAACCCAUUUGCUGACAACUACUCCACCCCUCCGUCCAUGACUUCGGUCGGCCAACCUAUCUUGGGAGGACAUUCGCAGAGUAUGUUAUCAUCCUCUAUGGCAGCAAACGGAGAAUCUCCUAAUCCUCUCAACGUUCCUUUCCCGAAUAGUGCCCUUCGAAGUCAAUAUCCCUCAAUCUCAACGGAUACAUUUACAGACUCCACACGACAGGCUCUAUUAGCGAGCAUGUCGCAACCCACAGGCUCCAACCACCGCAAGUAUUCGCAACCCGCAAGUAGCCUUCUCAACAGCAGAGAGUUGUUCGCUCGCUCGGCUGGCUUCAACAGUUCCGUACCCCCCGAUAUGCAACGGUAUAUCUCGGCCUACAUCACCUACUUCCAUCCGCAUCUUCCUUUUCUCCAUACCGCGACUCUCAACUUCCAGGCCCCCGAGUACAGCAACAACUUGCGUACCCCGAGCGGGCACCUCAAUCUCAGCUCUACGGGCGUUUCGGGCGGAGGUGGCUGUCUAAUUCUUUCAAUGGCAGCUAUUGGCGCUUUGUAUGAACACGACACGGCUACUUCGAAAGAUCUCUUUGAAGCCGCCAAGAAGAUGAUUCAAUUGUACCUCGAAGAGCGCAGAAAGGCCGACAUGUCUGCUGCUCUCAGCCGAUCGAACCCUGUCCGUGAUAACUCUGUCCAAACCACCCCGCUCUGGCUGGUCCAGGCCAUGUUAUUGAACGUGAUAUACGGACACACAUCUGGUGACAAGACCUCUGCAGACAUCGCUAGCACUCACUGCGCUGCUCUAGUGAGCCUAGCACGCGCGGCGGAGCUGACACACCACUUGGACCCGAAGAAUUUGUCUCAAGACCAUUUGACUGCGGGAAUUCACACAUCCGACGACCCUGAUGAUUGGAUGUCAUCUUCAUACAGCCAACCCCAAGAUAGGCGAGACUGGCUUAACUGGAAGGUCGUCGAAGAGCGCAAGCGCACGCUUUACGCGAUUUUUGUGCUCUGCAGUCAGCUUGUAUCGGCAUAUAACCAUGCACCUGCCUUGACAAACUCCGAAAUUCGACUUGACCUUCCUUGCGAAGAGGAUUUAUGGGCAGCUGACUCGCCACAGGCGUGGAAGCAGAUGGGUGGACACAUGGCUGGCUCAAAGAACCCGUCGUUCUCGUCUGCUCUGACUUCCCUCCUCACUGCCAGUCACCGGCAGCCGCAGAAUCAGUCUUCGAAUCUCUUCUUUAACGGCGCCACUCCGGAAGACCCCAGCAACGCAGAAAACCGGCCGAGUACCUUUGGGUGUCUUGUUCUCAUUUAUUCAUUACACAACUAUAUUUGGGAAACUCGCCAACGUCAUAUUGGUCGCCAAUGGACGGCACAAGAGACAGAAGCCAUGCAGUCACAUAUCGAGCCCGCUUUAAGAGCGUGGCAGGCUGCAUGGGCAAGCAAUCCUGUUCACAGUUUAGAAAGGCCGAAUCCCUUUGGGGCAGGACCACUUUCUGCGGAUAGCAUCCCUCUGUUGGACCUAGCUUAUGUGCGCCUGUUUGUGAAUCUGGGCCGGACUAAGGAAGCUUUCUGGCAACAUGAUUGGACUGGCAUGGCCGACGAGUUAGCUCGGGGUUCAGAAGUAUCUCAUCAUUUGGAUACUUCCAUGUCUGAUUUGGUUGACCCCCGUCUCAAUAUUGCGCUUGACGGCCGUCGCGAGUCUAUCAACGAUCUAGGAGUGGGGGGUCUGGCUAUCUCGAAAACGCCAACUCAAGAACUCCCCAUGGAAAGUCUUUCAAGUGUCUACAAGACGGGCCAAUCAAAACGAGAAAAGCAUCUCCGAAAAGCUGCGUUCUAUGCGGCCGACUCGAUUUCCAUGUCUGAUCGGCUAGGUAAUACCUUUGCCGAAUUUACUUGCCGCGAGCUACCCCUCCAGAGUGCUAUGUGUCUUUUCGAUUGUGCACAGGUACUCGCUGAGUGGAUCACUACCGUUCAAGAACGUGUUGGGCCAUACCUUGGCAUCUUGGGUCGUGACGAUUCCGAUCUGACUCAAGUCCCCGGUGCAAUGCUGCUUGAAGACGAGGACUGCAAGCUAGUGGACAAAAUCAAGGAGAUUCUGAAUAACGUCGAAACAAAAAUGCAACGCCAAGUGCAGAACGGCAGCUCGAUGUCUGCACUCAGCAUGAUGCAACGUCUACCAAGCGCGGUGGAAGGAGGAUACGGGUGUAAAAUAUUGAUUGCGACAGCCAGUCUGCUCGACCGGGCUGCGGUGUGGCCAGUGACGAAAUUGAUGGCGCGCUCCCUAGAAGCCCAGGCGAUGCGCGUGAAGGAACGGAGCGAGACCUCCGUGAUGAUGACUUCUUAA